UACAAACAUACACGCACACACACACACACACACACACACACAUACAUGCUCAGUCAGCGUGACACAAGUACUGGUUCCAUUCAGCACUGAGUUGACUGACUCACUGCUAUCCAUUAGCCGGCAUGCCGCAGAGAAAGAGGAGUUUCACUUUUGGAGCCUAUGGAGGAGUGGACAAGACAUUCUCCAAGGCCAGAAGCUUAUGGAAACAAGAUGGGAGUGACCCCCGCAUUUCUGCAUCACUAGAGCCCCAGCUGUUCCAGCCUACACUCCCAUACACCACCUCCCCAUUCCACAAGACCCCAGAUUUAUUUGCAAUGCUUGAAAAGAUGCAGGGCAACAGGAUGGAUGAGCAGAGAUGCACCUUUCCUCCCCCUCUCAAGACUGAGGAGGACUACAUCCCAUACCCAAGUGUCCAUGAGGUGUUGGGCAGAAAAAGCCCCUUUCCUCUCAUCCUGCUGCCACAGUUUGGGGGUUACUGGAUUGAAGGGACUAACCAUGAGAUGAGUGACACGGUAGAAACAGAACCGCCGCAGCCUCUGUCCCCAAACACCCGCACCAAGCUGGAAUGCAACACAACAGCCAUGAUCUACCGGAAACACUUCCUGGGCAAGGAGCACUUUAAUUACUAUUCAGUGGACAGUGCCCUUGGACAUCUGGUGUUCUCUGUAAAGUACGAUGUGAUUGGUGACCAGGAACAUCUCCGUCUAAUGCUCAGGAGCAAGCUGAAAACCUACCAUGAUGUGAUUCCCAUUUCCUGUCUGACAGAGUUUCCCAAUGCGGUCCAAAUGGCCAAGCUCGUCUGUGAAGAGGUCAACGUGGACCGCUUUUUUCCAGUCCUUUAUCCAAAAGCGUCAAGACUUAUUGUCACCUUCGAUGAACAUGUGAUAAGCAACAAUUUCAAAUUCGGGGUCAUUUAUCAAAAGUUUGGACAGACGUCAGAGGAAGAUGUGUUUGGCAACAGCAAAGAGAGUCCGGCCUUUGUAGAAUUCCUGGAGUUUCUAGGAGAAAAAAUUGAGCUGCACAACUUUAAAGGUUUCCGCGGAGGGUUAGACGUGACUCACGGGCAGACUGGCACUGAAUCCAUCUACUGCAACUACCGAAACAAAGAGGUCAUGUUCCAUGUGUCCACAAAGCUGCCUUACACAGAUGGGGACACCCAGCAGUUGCAGAGAAAGAGGCACAUAGGGAACGACAUUGUGGCAAUCUUAUUCCAAGAGGAAAACACUCCCUUUGUACCGGACAUGAUCGCCUCCAACUUUCUCCACGCCUACGUUGUAGUCCAAGUGGUCAACCCCUGCUCCGACAAUGUUCUCUACAAGGUGUCAGUAACAGCACGGGAUGACGUACCUUUCUUUGGCCCGGCCCUCCCAAACCCUGCUGUCUUUAAGAAAAGCCCUGAAUUCCAUGAAUUCCUUUUUACUAAGCUCAUCAAUGCAGAGUAUGCCUGCUACAAAGCUGAGAAAUUUGCCAAAUUAGAGGAACGAACAAGGUCGGCCUUGUUAGAGACCCUGUAUGAGGAGAUCCAUGUGAACAGCCAGGCCAUGAUGGGUGUUGGGGGAGAUGACGACAAACUGGAAAACGGGAGUGCAGGAGGAGGGGGCUUCUUUGAGUCCUUCAAGCGGGUGAUCCGCAGCAGGAGCCAGUCUAUGGAUGCCAUGGGUCUUACUUUCAAGAAGCCGCACACAUUCUCCACUAGCUUCAGCAGCAGCUUUAACCACGACCCCGCAGAGAGCCCCAAAUUCCCAGGGAUAUCAUUGCUUGUCCCAGGCAAAAGUCCCAGUAAAUAUGGACGUCGAGGCAGUGCCAUAGGGAUAGGAACAGUAGAAGAGUCUUUGAUAAUACCGGGGAAAAGCCCGACCAGGAAAAAGUCCGGCCCCUUCAGCUCCAGGCGAAGCAGUGCCAUCGGUAUUGAAAACAUUCAAGAGGUCCACGAGAAGAUUAGAGAGAGCUCCCCAAAUAUCCAGAAGACCCCCGACAGCGGUCACGUCUCUCAAGACCCAAAAUCUGACAACUCGUCCAAUCAAAGCUCUCCUGAGGUGCUCACAACCACCAAGAACAGUUCUUAUCUCGGUGGCAGGGCCCCAUCCAUCCCCGAGGGUCAUGACCUCUCCCGCUCCUCCUCCAACGCUAGCAGCUUCGCCAGUGUGGUGGAGGAGAAUGAGACAGAGGCCACAGAGGACUAUGACACAGGCAUGGAGAGUCUGUCGUCUGCCGGGACGCCACACAAGCGAGACUCUUUCAUCUACACCACCUGGCUGGAGGACAGCGUCAGCAGCACCAGCACCAGCACCACCAGUCGCGGCAGCUCCCCAGGGCCUGGUAAACCUGAUCGAGGGAAGGCGACAGAUGUCCGAAUCAAACUGGAACGACCACACGAUCAUCAGUCCUCAUCGCAUUCCCAUAAGUCACAAUCCCUCUGGGAGGUGAGACCAACGCAGGCAUUCGCCAUGACCAAUGAUGAGAAGGACGAAGAUGAGGGAGAUGAGAAUGAGGAGAAAAGGCAGGUGGAGCCUGUCCAGUCUGCUGCUCAGUGAGGGCCGGAGUGCAGCAUAUCCAGAAACCUGCAGGACCCUGGGAAGCAUGACGCACAAAGAGGGACCAGCUUUAGCACAGUGUUGUUUCCUUCUACUCUUUUCGUUGCCUGUUCACACAUCUGUUGCCUAGUUGUAUGUUUGUUUUUUACCACGCCUUUUGUUUUACAAAAGCGCACAUUUUUAUCUACAAAUUGAAUAGUUUAAUUUGUAAAUAAUACAACUUUGGUUUAGUUUUGUCUUGUUGAAGCCCAGGUGUGCUGGCUAUACAGGGUAAAGACAGUGCCAUCGGGCUCUUUGUAGAGACUCUCUGGAAGGACUUUUGCUGCAACAUAGAGAAGAUAAUUGCCUGGAUGGUUUUACCAAAUCAACAAAGGUUUCAGCUCAAUAAAGAUCUCUAAUGCAUACAUAAUACCAAAUAUUCAGCAUCAAAGAUGGGUAUUUUCUAACAAAACACCUAAUGUGAUAUAUAAUUGUUCUGCCGGCUGCUGUUAAAUGUGAUUAUUUUCUGGGUAAAAUCCAAAUAGAAGGACUGUGUAGCUACAGCAAAACAAUUGCUCUUUUACGACACAAAUCUCCACAGGAUUAGAUUCCAAAGUUAAUACCACAGGUUACAGUGAAGAGAGUAACGUAUUGUAGAUAACAGGACAUGGCCUUAAGGGACAGUUCACCCAAAAAAAACAAAAGUACACAUUUUAUGUAUAUUUUAUUGUGCUAUUUAUCAAUCUAGAUUGUUUUGGUGUGAGUUGCCCAGUGUUGGAGAUAUUGGUUGUAGAGAUGUCUGCCUUCCCUCCAAUUUAAUGGAACUAGAGGUUGUGCAAUGUCUCUUUGCAGAAAUCCGGUCCUGGUUGCAAAAGAUAAACCACAGACCUCGUUGUGAGCAGUGUCAUGUAGGAACUAUCUUCUUUCUACCAUAUGUAUCACUGUGCAGAAAGGAGCGUGCAUGCACUCAACGACGAGAGGCUCGUGACAGCGCAAGAUUUAAACAUUAAUGGCGUCCUCCUCGGCUCGAGCUGUACCGUUAGCUUGCUCACGUGAACUCUGGAGCCUCUCGUCCACGUGUAGAUGCAUCUCCGCUGUGAGAGAAAGAAAAUAGUCCCUACAUGAAACUGCUCACAACGUCUGUGGAUUCUCUCGAGUAACCAGGUCAUGGUUUGUGGAAAGAAACAUCGCUGUUGAGUUUUGUUUUGGCUCUUUGAGCACCUCAAGCGAAGUACAAUUUAGUUCUAUUAUAUUCGAGCGAAAGCAGACACAUUUACAGCUGUUAUCUCCCACACUGGGCAACUCACACCAAAACAAUGUAGAUUGGUAGCACUACAUGUCAGAGGAAAAAUAUGUAUUUUUGAUUUUGGGGUAAAUUCUCCCUUAAAAUGCAAUUUCUUUGUCCUUCAGAUUUAUUUUUACCUCAUGUGUACUGCAGCCAAUAAUGGGUUUGCAGUAAUCAAUUAAAUGUAAAACUAAUAUAUUCAGAAUACUAUUUUAAGCACACUAGUUUCUUUAAAAAUAAAUGGUGUUGCAAUGCAGUUAUACUUCAGCGCUGUAUGUAAAGUCUGUAAAUGUAUGGAUAUAUCCAUCGAUGACUGAUGUAACUGCUUUGUCCGUCUUGUUUGUUGGUGAGGACACCAGUCUCUACAUUAUGUAUUUUCUCUCUAAUAUAUGUCUUUAUUUAUUUAUUUGGUUCCUGUAGAAGUUGCAUUUAUAGCGUACAUCUGUUAUACUGUACCUCUAUGUGACUACAUACUGUAUGUGUUGCUUCGGAGCGUAUUAUAAUGUUGUCAUCUGUAAAGCUCCGUCUAUGUCAAGGGUCAGAUCUCUUUCACUGCAGUACAUUUGCAAUGCAAUUAUAAUAAAAUUGUGAAUAUUUAUUUGCUUUUAAAGUGAGAAAAUAACUCUAAAUACAACUACUGAUUUUGUAAAUAGAUAAUUAGUUGGAGUACAUAAUUUAUAAUGUAUAGUCCAUUGAUUUAAAAAAAAGGAUUGACCGACAUCCUUGAAAUUACUGCCAAGUUAACCAGUUAUUGUUUUAUUUCUCGUACUCUUACUUUUAAAUAUUAUUUUAAGAAGAGAGUUUUGUAGAAGAGAAAUAUUUUAAAAGCUAUUCAGACUGUUCUGUAAAAGGGAACUCUCACAGUACAUCCUGCUGAUCAUUUCACUUGCCUUAUCAUCACAAACUGAUGGUGUGAGUAUAGACUGUGAAGCAAAUAGUUAAUAGCCAGCAGGAUUUACAAUGAAAUGAAUGUUUUGUUGUUGUUGUUUUUAUUGUAAAUAAAUGCCCUGAGAACUUUAAA